GUUGUCAAAACCACUGAUUAUCAUGCACACGCUUCCUCCCUCCUCUUCUCCUUCUUCUCUCUCUCUUUAAAAUGGCCAAAACCCAACCCAACUGUACCCUUUUGAGUUAAAGGCCUACCUUUCUUUUUCUUUUUCUCUCUUUCACUUUUAUCUGUUUGCAAGUUCGUUGCGAUUUGCAAGGAUUAAAGAGGAUGUGACUUGAGUGUAAUUGAUGGCAAGAGUGAAAAACCCACUACCAGAAAGCAAAGUCUGAGAGAAAGAGAGAGAGAGAGAGAGAGAGAGAGAGAGAGACGGAUUUACUACACAGACGACACUGAUGAUGGGUUUUCUUUUUGAUGAGGAGUUGUAAAUCAAAUUUAUGCCAUUUCUUUCUGAAACAGCAGAGAAUAAAAAUACACCCUUUCUCUUGCUCUUCUUCAUGUCCCUUAAUCUUGAUCACAUGGUUUGCAUGCAACUUGUUAUGAUGAGACUUGGUUUUUUAUCUUCUUCAGGGAAUCCAGUUUUUGUUUACUUCUUCUUUAGUUCUUCCUGAGAACAGAGAUCUAGGAGGCUUUCCAAUUUUUCAGAGUUUUAUUUAUCAGGGUAAUAUUUACUCGAAUAUAAUUACAGGAAUUAUUUUGUUGGGCUGAGGAGUAUCUGAGAAGAGGGGGAGUUAUGCUGAGAAAUAGAUCCAGAGCAGUGACAGGCAAGCAAUCCUUAAUGACUGAUCACAGCUCUCAACCAUCACCCACCCAAAAACGCACCAGAGCUGUUCCAUCUUUCUUUGGUUCUCCAAGAUUCAGAGCUUUCAUAGCAAAGGGUCUCUCUGAAACUGAAGCAAUAAUUAGUCCAACCUCAAUUCUUGACACCUUACCAUUUUCACCUUUUGGAACACACCCCUUCUCAUAUGACAGAAACCAACCAAAAUCCCCAAAAACUUUCUUGACAAACAAACACUCAUGGGAAAAAAACGACUCCAAAGGCGUUGGCCUUCUUGCUCUUGAAGAGAGUUCUUCAAAACCCAGAAAUGGAAAGGUUUUCUUUGGUACAAAGCUUAGAGUUCAAAUCCCUCCUCUACCACCCUCCACAAUUUCUCCAGCUGAUCAGUCUCCAAUAUCGACGGCUGAGAAUUCGCAAUUAUCAGAGUUGGGAUCUCCAGGAGUUGUCACGGGCAGUCUCUCAGUGAGGGAAAUGGAGCUUUCUGAGGAUUAUACGUGCGUGAUAUCUCGUGGGCCUAUACCAAGAACGACGCGUAUAUUUGAUAACUGCAUUGUGGAGAGCUACUGUUCUUUGCCGGGGGAGCCAAACCCUGCGUUUCAGGACUUCCUCAGCGUCUGCUACACUUGCAAGAAGAAUCUUGAACAAAGUAAAGACAUUUACAUUUACAGGGGUGAAAAAGGCUUUUGCAGUAAGGAAUGCCGCCACAGAGAAAUGCUGUUAGAUGGAGUGGAGAAUUCUGAAUUUGAUGAUGCACAUACGACAUUUUCUUAAUCAAACAGUCUUUUGUUCCUUCACGGCUCUCUCAAAAAGCCUGCGUUUUUCAGAAGGAUAUAUAUAUAUCGUCACCUUCCCCUGUUCUUGAUCAUGAUCACUCGAGGACGAUUUAUUUUAGGGACCAAAACUGUAAGAUCAGAGUGGGGGGUUUUUUGUUUUUUGUCUUUAUUUUUUGGCCUUUUUCUAAUUUUUUUGAUCUUUGUAUUUGCUUUUUUCACCCUCUCCCCGUGCAGAUAAAGAGAUAAGAGAGGAUGACAUAUUGUAGAGUUGAUUUUGCUCAAGUGACAGAAUAAUUUGAUUGGUCCUAGGCCUUUCCCA